CCGAUCGCUACUCUACCCUACAAUUAAUACCUCCCUACAGCAACCAUGAAGGCCCUCAUUCUCGUUGGCGGUUUCGGUACCCGUCUGCGUCCUCUGGUGAGUUGAUCACCCCCGCCGACGAUCGUGACGUCGAACAUACCAGUCGAUUCAUGGCCGGGCCGUGGGAAAGCGCACACAAGCUAACCGUUCUCAAUGCUGCCUAGACCCUGACUCUCCCUAAGCCUUUGGUCGAAUUCGCCAACCGGCCCAUGAUCCUGCACCAGGUUGAGAGCUUGGCUGCUGCUGGUGUCACAGAUAUCGUCCUGGCCGUCAACUACCGCCCCGAUGUUAUGGUAUCGACCCUGAAGAAGUACGAAGAAAUCUACAAUGUCAGAAUCGAAUUCUCUGUGGAAUCCGAACCCCUCGGCACGGCUGGUCCCCUGAAGUUGGCGGAGAAGAUUCUGGGCAAGGACGACAGCCCGUUUUUCGUCCUGAACUCCGAUAUUAUCUGUGACUACCCCUUCAAGGAGCUGGCCGAGUUCCACAAGAACCACGGCAACGAGGGCACCAUUGUGGUCACCAAGGUCGACGAGCCCUCCAAGUACGGUGUCGUCGUCCACAAGCCCAACCACCCCUCGCGCAUCGACCGCUUCGUCGAGAAGCCCGUUGAGUUCGUCGGCAACCGUAUCAACGCCGGUAUCUACAUCCUGAACCCCAGCGUGCUGAACCGGAUCGAGCUGCGCCCCACCUCCAUCGAGCAGGAGACCUUCCCCGCUAUUGUCAAGGACGGCCAGCUGCACUCCUUCGACCUGGAGGGCUUCUGGAUGGACGUUGGUCAGCCCAAGGAUUUCCUGAGCGGUACCUGCCUCUACCUCACCUCCCUUGCCAAGCGCAACUCGAAGCUGCUCGCCCCCAACAGCGAGCCUUACGUGUAUGGCGGCAAUGUCAUGGUCGACCCCUCCGCCAAGAUCGGCAAGAACUGCCGCAUCGGCCCCAACGUUGUGAUUGGACCCAAUGUGGUGGUUGGUGACGGUGUGCGUCUGCAGCGCUGUGUCCUGAUGGAGAACAGCAAGGUCAAGGACCACGCGUGGGUCAAGUCGACCAUUGUUGGAUGGAACAGCUCCGUGGGCCGCUGGGCUCGGCUGGAGAACGUUACGGUGCUGGGUGACGAUGUCACCAUCGCCGACGAAGUCUAUGUCAACGGUGGUUCCAUCUUGCCCCACAAGAGCAUCAAGCAGAACGUUGAUGUUCCUGCUAUCAUCAUGUAAUCCUUUUGUCACGUCGACAUGCCCUUCACCUUCGAUAUACACCACCUACACUGAAGUCACCAGAUGCAUAGAAACCGGAGUUGACCGUGUCUUUCUCUUUCGAGCAGUGUAGAACCCAGAGGGGGUUCUAGACAACAGGACGCUGCUUGGAUACAAUGCGGUCUACGCCUCUGAACCAUCUCCCACUCGCACCCGUCCAUUCUUACCUUCGUCUUGUGCUCGUCCGUGUCCGCAUGCUAGAGGCCUUGAUGGUAGAAGCGUGUCUGAUUCGGGUCAUCCUUACAUCCCUUAUAAUCAAUCCCGAGGUCUCUGAUCUCUUACCUUGUUCUCCCGCAUCUUCCUCCGACGGACUGCGUGUCACCAGUGCUGUUGCUUCUUUUAUUUACCGGCUUUUUCUUCUGCUACCUUGUUUCCCCGGGGGAUGGUGAGCACAUGGACUAAUACUCUAUCUGAUUUUAAUGACGUAUGUGGACAUGGUUAAAAGAAUGUAAAUACGGGAG